GGUGACCCGUGAAAAUGGUUCGCUACUCUCUUGACCCAGAAAACCCUACAAAAUCAUGCAAAUCGAGAGGAUCAAACCUUUGGGUUCACUUUAAGAACACCCGUGAAACGGCCCAGGCCAUCAAGGGUAUGCAUAUCCAAAAAGCCACCAAGUAUCUGAAAGAUGUCACUUUGAAGAAGCAGUGUAUGCCAUUCCAACGGUACAAUGGUGGAGUCCGUAGGUGCGCCCAGGCCAAACAGUGGGGCUGGACACAGGGUCGGUGGCCAAAAAAGAGUACGGAAUUUUUGCUGCACAUGCUUAAAAAUGCAGAGAGCAAUGCUGAACUGAAGGGUUUAGAUGUAGACUCUCUGGUCAUUGAGCACAUCCAGGUGAAAAAGGCACCUAAGAUGCGCCGACGAACUUACAGAGCUCACAGCCAGAUUAACCCAUACAUGAGCUCCCCCUUGCCACAUCGAGAUGAUCCUCACUGA